AUGGCUCAUGGUCAUUACCGUCACACGCGGAUUGAAAAACUACACAGUACUAGACGUCGCCGAGAGAUUGCGCAAAAUGACGGAGACUCGGGCCCCAGCCUACAAGGCGACUCAUCAACAGUUCCCGCCCUUCCUGCAGCUGAUGAGCUAUCAGGAGAUUGCGAUCCGUCACACAACUUGAUAUGCCUCGAGCAACAGAUCAACGAGCCCGAUGUGUUAAUUGAUAGGCGGGAUGAGACGACCUCUGAAAGUGUGACCGUUGAGACUGUAUUGCAGAUAGUUGACGCGAGUUCCCACAUCCUUCUGCAGUCGACUGCAGCCGAUUACCCGUUGACGAUCUCAGAAUCCGCCUAUGGAGUAUUCACUAUAUCAGGCGCAGACAGCAUCGUCGCGAGUGCGUCUCUCAGCGUGACUGCUUCUGUAGAUGUGCCGUUAUUGACUUCGCCAACGAUUGCUCCUACGACCCAACCGACGACGUCGCUAGUAUCUGAAACUUCAAUCGCGGUCAGCUCAACGAAUACCACCCAAUCUACCACUAGCUCUGUGAGCCAAGCUUCCCCGUCGACCAUGAGGGUGGCGUCCGCCAUCAGCUCUCCUGUUCGAAUGUCGACUCCCCUUAUCGCACCUUCGAGCUCCACUCAUACCGCCUCCAUAACUUCACCUCAUGCAUAUAACUUUUUGUCGAAUCCUGGGUCCAGCUCUAGCUCCACUUCAAGCACCUCCUCCAGCUGGACUCCCGACGAAACAUAUUCCACCUCAUCGUCCACGACUUCUUGGGGCUCUGUUUCACAAACUGCGACAGCAACAGGUACUAGUUCAGCACCAUCCACGAGUGAGACGUCAGGAUCAGGAUCGGGAUCGAGUUCAAAUUCAACAGGCAAUCCCGACACACCAAAAAUUGUGGGCGGUGUAGUAGGAUCCGUCGCUGGACUCGCUUUACUCAUUUUCCUUCUCUUCUACUACUUACGCCGUCGAGGAUUCUUGAUGGGAGCCAAAGGACACACCGCCAUCUCGGACGAUGCAGCUGCCGGGGCUGGGGCUGGCGCUUUGGCGGGUGUGGGAGCUAGAGAGAUCACCGAGCGUCCUGUCAAUCCAGAGAACCGCUUCACAGCCUCAUACUUUGCUCCUGCAUUCAUGAAACGUUGGCGCCAGUCAACUGCAACAAUGCGUACCGACAGCACGGUCGACUCCACCUCUAGCGAGCGAGGCUUCCAAAAGAUCUCAGGUCGGAAACUUCCUCCCGUUCUCACCCAUGGCGGUGACGGAUUCGGCGGGGGUCUCGGCGACGAUUCUCCUACCGUACCAGGUUUCCCACCUACAUCACCAGCUGCCGGUCCCGUGGCAUCGCCUGUUUCACCUGCUCCACCCCCAGCUUCGCCAUACGGGAUGCCCUUGGACUCGAGCUACACUCGCGAAAUCCAGGAGCAUGCUCCUCCACCUUCAAGGCCUGGCCCUGCACAUAUCCCCGUCUCGAACUCAGUCAACGUCGCCUAUCCUAUCACCAUCACGCCCGCACAACCUCUCGCACAGCCCCAGAGUGCAAUUCCAUUCAUACCCCCAAGGCCGGACGGACUCGGUCGCAGCUUGCACAGCCACGACGGAAGUCGGAGUAGUCGCUUCACCGAGGGCAUUGAUAUGUGA